GAUGAUUCUCUACUUCCCUCGUGCCGUACACGACUCAACCAAAGCGUUUGCGUGCAACAACGAACGAAGCAUUUCACUUCAACUUUCGAAUAGCACAAACCAUGGCUGGUUUUGAUCGGCUUGGCGGUAUAGGAGGUUCGUUCUACCCGGGCGCAAAUAGCCUUCAACAGCCCAGCAUUCGGGGGAGAGAUGACCGAGGAAGGAGGGAUGACCGCAGAGAAGAUCGCUUUGGGGCGUCCAUGCGAAGAGAUUUUGGUGGAUUCUCUCGUGGUCCAGCUCGUUCUAUAAGCCCCAGAAGACGGCGCUAUUCGCCAGAACCUUCAUAUUCAAGUGCUGGGUCAAACCGACUGCCAGACAGGCGAGGGGACACCAGCUAUGGAACGGAUCGUUUUGCCAGCAGCACCAGCCGUGAUGACUUUGGGAGUGGCAGAGGUCAGAAUAAUUACGAUAGGGAUGGUAGCCAAGCAAGUCCUUCCUUCUUUCGUGGACCAGCAAAUGCUGGUGAUGGCAUUUUAGGAGCCAAACCUGGAGAUCUUCCGAGUGAUUCUUCACCAAAUGCAGCAGCAGGUCUAUCAGCUCAGUUACAGCAGCAACAACAACAGUUAAUGGCAAUGGUUCAGACGCAGUCCCUCCUUGCUGCUUUCCAAGCCCAAGCUAAACAGGCUGGUCUUAUACCCCCUCUGGGUGGGGUCGGCAGACCCAUAAACCAGCUGUCCCCCAUGGUCAGGGACCGCAAGAGGCACAUGUCCCCGCCUAGGAACGGCCCCGUGAGAAAGUACAACAACAACCCUGGGAACAGAAACACGCCUGGCUUCAAUAGAAACUACCAGAAUCGUGGCCGUCAACAGGCCAGGCAUUCCAACUGGAGCCCCCGUGACAGGAAUAACCGGGAUAAUCGCCGCGAUGAUAGGGGCAAGAACCGAAGUAGGAAGGACGAGGAUGAGCUGGAAGAAGAACCAUAUGUUGAAGACGAUCCAGAUGCUGAUGAUGAGAAAGAAAAGGAGAAAGAGAAGUUAGAGAGAGAAAAGAGCUCCAAUGCAAAGGAGAAAAAGGCAGAUCCUGAAAAUGAUGACGACGUGUCCAAGGAAGAAGUUAAAAAGUCUAUCAACUUGGCUAACCAGAAUGUAGAUAUGCUAGUAAAGACGCUCUUCGACAAAGGCCGACAGAAAUAUGUCUGCAAAGUCUGCAAAAUCAUGUGCAACAAAGAACAUGCUUUCCGUAUGCACCUUCAUGGCAAAAAGCAUGUAAAAACCUGGCUUGAAAGCCAAGGAAAAUCCUUCGAAUCUGAGAUGUUCAAGAAGGCAGCUCUAAAGGAAAAGGCAACCGCUGAGGCAUCUGAAACGUCCACAAAGAGCAAAGAAACAGAUUCAUCGGAAAAGAUGGAAACCUCAAAGGAAGAGGCUGAACAGCAGAAAACUGCAAUAGAUGACGCAUCAGCUGGAGAUGAAGAAAAAACAGAGGUAAAAAAGGACGAUGCAACUGUAGAGAUACAGAAGGAAAGAACAGAGGAAGAGGAGAGUUCUUCUAAAGAGGAAAAGAAACAGGAGAGUUUUUCUAAAGAGGAAAAGAGACAGGAGAGUUCUUCUAAAGAGGAAAAGAAACAGGAAAAAGAUGACAAGAAAGACGACAAAGAGGGGAGAAAAGCAUCAAAAUCACCAGCUCCUAGGUCUGACUCACGGAAAGAGAAGGAAAAGCCGGCUCCACUAAAGAGUGAACUUGACAUCAGAUACUCUUGCGAGACACGCAAAUCUGCUGUCAAGAUGGGAGAUGUGGUUAGCAUCUCUUCAAUAACACAAGCUCAAGUCUCCAUUGCUGGUUUUGCGAAUGGAGAGAACACACAAGGGUGUGAAUUUGUCAAAGCUGUCUCUGGCUUCAACUGCAGACUGUGCAAGACUUUCAUCAUGAACGGUGCAGAUGUCAUGAAGCAUGUGAAAGCAAGGAAGCAUCAAAAGAAUUACAGGCAAUACGUGAUUGAUCAUCCCAGCUACGAGGCUAACCAGAUUAAGAGAAACAAGGAGUUGUCAGAUAUGCUGGGGCAGUCUGAGGGACAGGAGAUGCUCCUUUAUGAGGUUGAGGAUGAGGAGAAAAGGGCACCACACCGCUAUUACUCAUCUGACAGACCACAGGUCCAAAUAACCAAGUACAUGGUUGAGACUUCAGACCAGGCUACGCAGGGGGGUGACCAUGCGGAGGACCACGCCCAUGAGGGGGCUCCCACCCAUGAUGACCAGGAGGAGCAGGGCGACCAGAAUGCCAAGGAACAGAGUGACAAGACUGAAGAUGAUGAUGACAAGCCAAAGUCUGAUGAUCAAGAUGCACAAAGUGAAACCAGUGAUGUCAUACUGGAGAAUGAUGAUAAACCCAAAGAGGACAACAAACAGACACCCGUCGAGACAACAGAAACAGAACAAUCGGACAUGGACACAAGCGAAUCAUAUGACCCCAUCGCUCCCACGGAUGACCCAGGACCUGUCACACCCCUAGCAAGGCGUGGCAGGAGAGGCCGAGGAAGAGGAGGCAGCGCCAGUAGAGGCAAGGGUGCAGGGCGUGGUCGUGGAAAGGGUAGAGGGAGCAAAGGCGUCAAACAGAGCCCCAAGGCGCCCACAGUGAAACAAGAAGUGCUUGAUACCAGCAACAAUGACGAUGGGUUUAUGGACGGGUACGAAGUCAUCGAUGAGAUUGUUGAUGACGAGUAGAUGUGAUUGUAAAUAAAACCUUUUAAAGUUAGCGCAACGCAUAAAAGAUAAUUUUUAUUCAUUUGGAAUGUUCGUUAUAUUGUCCUCAGAGACAUGUCAAGAUAAGACUGUAGCUGAAGCUUUCGUCAAGAUUAGACUUUUUUGUAGUUGAAGCUUUCACAUCCCACAACCAUUUAUAAAUUCCAUGCAUAUUUGUUUCUAAGCUUCCCUCGAUAGUUUAGCAUGGUUACAAUGUUUUCCCAUUAUCAAGACAAAUAACAGUGUACAAAAGUAGAAAAAUGCUGCUUGGUGUGCCUGGUUUCGCUGUAUCACAGGCUAUAUUGCCGGCUUACGGACUCACAGAAACGGCUGGUAAUCCAGCCCACAAUUAAUCACAGAAUGUGAGUUUCGCAACUCUUCUUUGUAAAGUAAUAGUCUGUAACGAGAAGUGUAGUUUGAACUUGUUGAAUUAAACCCUGAAAGGAUUUUUUAGAUGACUACGGUAGACAACAGAAGCACAUUUGUCACAUUUUCAAAUCUGGUGCUUUCCCUCUAGAGUAAGGCCUGGAAUAAAAGAUCUAUACGCCAAA